AUGGCUCAUCCGAGGUUAAGGCCGUCAGCGUUGACCUACACUGACGCGGGUUACGGCUCCCUCACGUUCUGCGCUCCCACAAGCUCUUCCCAUUACUGCGACCGAGUCUACCAAGACUUCGAAGCCGUCGAUGCCGCGGCGCCAAUACCCCCACCGCCCUCGCAAAAACUGAGUCAACUGCUUGCCAUAUGGCCACGGCGGCUAUCCACCCAUGCGCGACUCGUCAGACGGGCGGGUAGUAAUAUGACCUUCGAUAUCACCAUGGAGGUCCUAUUCCCGCAGGGGUAUGGGGCCAACAAGACAGCUUUCGGUAUGUGGGAAACGGGGAGCGAAGCGAUCGUGGAGUUCGUCGUGGACGAGAAGGGGCUCGGGGCUCUCUACGUGACGCUCUGCAAGGCGCGGAUGGAUAUCCUGCGCGACCUGAGCCAUUUUUUGCGAGCCGCCAAGACCCUCCCUGCCCACUCGCCCCUUCGCCAAGGUCAAAGCGCCGAGUACGUGGAAUGGGCCAAGAAAGUCGCCGAAUACCUCGACCAACCUGCCUUCGACGAGGUUCUCGCACGCAUGGAAGAGCUGGGUUUUGGAAUGAAUCCGGACCUGAUCCUUGAACCGGAUCUGAGCCAUUAGGGUCCCCUUAAACUGGCUUCCGACAAGAAAGUCGUAACAAAGGCCCCUGGCAUUACCUCGAAGCCAGGUUUUUGUCCAACGGUCUGGCACUGAGGAGCCACAUGACAACGCAAUUAUGUAAUGUACACGACGCAGUUGGCUUCCGUGCACACGCCGAAGCGCAUCGCGACGAAUCAAGGAUAUCUCGCCGUCCGCAUGCAAGAUCAUCGUCGUACCACGAACGCGGCAGCGAGCGUUCACUUCAU